AUGGAGGAGAUUUACAGUGGUGAGCAUGAAGAGAAUAAUGGUGUUGUUAAGGUGCGCAGCACUAGAGAAAAAGGUGAAGGUGAUAUAGUGGAGGAAGAGGAGGAGGAGGAGGUUCUAAAGAAGAGGAUUGCAGACCAUCCACUGUAUGGGCUGUUGCUGGAGAAUCACACCGACUGUUUGAAGGUAUAUAUAUGGAAAAAUUAUAUACAUAUAUAUGUAUAUCAGUCCUUUUUCAGUUUCCCUUGUACAGUUUAUUUGUGGUUAUCAAUCGGUGAUAAAAGCACUACUACAACGGACAAUAACAUUGUCAAUACCAAGCAACUCAUCAAGGACGCUACCAGCAGCGAUCCCAAUUCUUCAGACCUUGAUCAGUUCAUGGAAGCGUACUGCAACGGUCUAAACAAGCUCAAGGAAGCCAUGGCGGAUCCCAUGAAGGAAAUGACAUCUUUUAUCACUGCUAUGUAUGCUCAACUUGAGGACCUCAGUGGUUCCAAAAAAAACCAUUAACCACCCGGCCGGCCGGCGGCGACCUGGCUAUAUCGUCUGCGUUUCAGCCAAGGAAUAAGAACAUGCAGAGAGAGAGAGGCUAGCUACGUUAAUUUGACUGAUGAUGAACUACUCAUGUUAACUGAUGUUGUGUCUCUAUUACUUGAUAAGUUAAGAAUGUUUCUCCCAUGCAUGAGAUUAAAGUAUUCGUGUUAAGGAUGUUUCUCCCAUGCAUGAGAUUAAAGUAUGCGUUAUAGGUAGUGUUAUUCACACAUUAUUUUUUACCUACCA